AUAAUCAACAUUAGAUAGAACAAGUUUUUUCAAUUUUCUUCUUCCUCACGAAGCUAAAUACUUCCCUGCUUUUAGGGAUUCCAUUGAAAUGGCUCGUACAAAGCAAACUGCUCGUAAAUCCACUGGUGGAAAAGCUCCUCGCAAACAACUUGCUACCAAGGCUGCUAGGAAAUCUGCUCCAACUACUGGAGGUGUUAAGAAACCUCAUCGAUACCGUCCUGGAACUGUUGCUCUUCGUGAAAUUCGAAAGUACCAGAAGAGUACUGAACUUUUGAUCCGUAAACUCCCCUUUCAGCGUUUAGUUCGUGAAAUUGCUCAGGAUUUUAAGACCGACUUGAGGUUUCAGAGUCAUGCUGUUCUUGCUCUUCAAGAGGCAGCUGAGGCAUACUUAGUGGGUCUGUUUGAGGACACUAACUUGUGUGCAAUCCAUGCUAAGAGGGUGACUAUUAUGCCAAAGGAUAUUCAGCUUGCUCGUAGAAUUCGUGGUGAAAGGGCCUAAGUUUGCAUUUAUCUUCUGAUAUUUUAUUUUUGGCUUUAUUGGAAUGUGAAAAAUUGUCAUUUUAUUGGGUUUUUUUUCAUUGCCUUCAUGUAAUUAGUUGAUGAUGGAUUGAAUUUGGUAUCAGUG